GAGCAUAAGUGCUGUAUUAACUCUCUUUUUUGUCUUCCUUUGAAUAGCCAUGGUCAGAGAGACACUGCACAAAUUCUUUUGAUGAGAGGAGCCAAAUAUUUACCAGACAAAAAUGGUAUUACUCCACUGGAUCUCUGUGUACAGGGUGGAUAUGGAGAGACUUGUGAAGUCUUAAUCCAAUAUCAUCCUCGACUUUUCCAGACAAUAAUUCAAAUGACGCAGAAUGAAGAUCUACGGGAAAACAUGUUGCGGCAAGUUCUGGAACACUUAUCUCAGCAGAGCGAAAGCCAGUAUCUUAAAAUCCUAACGAGUCUUGCUGAAGUUGCUACAACAAAUGGUCACAAACUGCUUAGCUUGUCAAGUAAUUAUGAAGCUCAAAUGAAGAGUCUCUUAAGGAUCGUGAGGAUAUUUUGCCAUGUCUUUCGCAUUGGCCCAUCCUCUCCCAGUAAUGGAAAUGACAUGGGCUACAAUGGAAAUAAAACUCCAAGAAGUCAGGUGUUCAAGGUCAGAAAAGUAUAUGAUGUUGUUAGGAAGAUAGACGUUAAAGAGAUGAAUUUCACAAAGCAUGCAUUCAUUAAUCAGACAUCUCAUGAACAGGAACCGCUGGAACUGCUCUGGCAUUCGCUAGAUGAGUGGCUCGUUCUUAUAGCCACAGAGCUGAUGAAAAACAAAAGGGACUCUGCCAACAUUACUUCUAUUUUACUGAAGCAAAAAGGACCAGAUCACCAGGAUGCUGCUCCUAUGCCUUCCUUUGCCACUGCAGGAACCGAGGGCAGAAAAGAGCUAUCCACUGAUGCUGGCGAUGCUGCUGAGAAGCAGGAAGCUUGUGCUGAUUGCCAGGAUGUUAUCUCCAUGACAGCAAACAGGCUAAGUGCUGUCAUUCAAGCAUUUUAUAUGUGCUGUUCCUGUCAGAUGCCUCAGGGGAUGACAUCGCCUCGUUUUAUAGAAUUUGUCUGUAAGCAUGAUGAUGUCCUUAAGUGUUUUGUUAACCGAAAUCCCAAAAUAAUUUUUGACCACUUUCAUUUUCUUCUGGAGUGUCCUGAACUAAUGUCCAGAUUUAUGCACAUCAUAAAAGCUCAGCCAUUUAAAGAUCGCUGUGAAUGGUUCUAUGAACAUCUGCAUGCUGGGCAGCCAGAUUCAGACAUGGUGCACAGGCCUGUCAAUGAAAAUGACAUCCUUUUGGUUCACAGAGAUUCUAUUUUUAGGAGUAGCUGUGAAGUUGUGUCUAAAGCAAAUUGUGCAAAACUAAAGCAGGGAAUUGCUGUGAGAUUUCAUGGAGAAGAAGGCAUGGGACAGGGUGUGGUGCGCGAGUGGUUUGAUAUCUUAUCCAGCGAAAUUGUUAACCCAGAUUAUGCCUUAUUUACCCAGUCAGCUGAUGGAACAACUUUCCAGCCCAACAGCAACUCUUCUGUAAAUCCAGAUCAUUUGAACUACUUCCGUUUCGCAGGCCAGAUCCUGGGGCUAGCUCUGAAUCACAGGCAGUUGGUAAACAUCUACUUCACAAGGUCAUUCUACAAACAUAUUCUUGGUAUACCUGUAAAUUAUCAGGAUGUGGCAUCUAUUGAUCCAGAGUAUGCAAAGAACUUGCAGUGGAUUUUAGAUAAUGAUAUCAGUGAUCUGGGUUUAGAGCUGACUUUCUCUGUUGAGACUGAUGUGUUUGGAGCAAUGGAAGAAGUGCCAUUGAAGCCAGGGGGUGCAAGUAUACUUGUUACACAGGAGAACAAGGCUGAAUAUGUCCAGCUUGUCACAGAGCUUAGAAUGACAAGAGCCAUUCAGCCUCAGAUAAAUGCCUUUUUACAAGGCUUCCAUAUGUUCAUUCCACCAUCUUUGAUCCAACUUUUUGAUGAAUAUGAACUGGAGCUUUUGUUGUCUGGUAUGCCAGAAAUUGAUGUGAAUGAUUGGUUAAAAAAUACAGAAUACACCAGUGGCUAUGAGAGAGGAGACCAAGUUAUUCAGUGGUUCUGGGAUGUUGUGGAAGAACUAACUCAGGAAGAGAGAGUAUUACUAUUACAGUUUGUUACUGGCAGUUCCAGGGUGCCUCAUGGUGGCUUUGCCCAUAUAAUGGGUGGCAGUGGAUUGCAAAAUUUUACAAUUGCUGCUGUGCCAUAUACUGCGAAUCUCUUACCAACAUCAAGCACGUGUAUCAACAUGCUCAAAUUACCUGAAUACCCAAGUAAAGAAAUCCUUAAGGACAGGCUUCUUGUGGCAUUGCACUGUGGAAGCUAUGGUUACACAAUGGCAUAAUGAAGUCUAGGAAACUCAUCUGACUCCUGAUGUGGAGUUCCAAGUGGCAGAAGUAAUUUUCUAAACUGUCAAUAGAAAAGCAGCUUAGAUGCUGCAGCCCAUUGGUAGGGCUGAGCUUCAGAAUUCGUACAGGAUCAUCAGCUUUUCCUCCAUUAUUUGUGGUCAAAGUAACUUUGAUACCAUCAUGACAAACUUCUCAGUAUGCUGUAUUUUCAUUUUUAAAAAUGACAGAUCUGUAUGGAAAUUGGUUUACAUGCUUUUCAUUAUUACUUCAGUCUGAAUCAGGAAAUUUGUCAGAAUAUCUUUCCACAGUUUACUUUUGAUUUCAACUGUACGGUUGAAUGACACUUGCAUUUUAGUUUACUUUGCACUCAGAUGGCAUACUGCUUGCUAAUGGACAGACUUGUCCUUUAUGCCUUGUUGCAUGUGAAAGUGCUGUUUAUUUUUGCAGAGAACACUAUAGAAAGUUCAAUUGGAAUAUUGUACAGUAAGACAGAGCUGAUGUAUUUUCCAUUUCUUUGCAUAAUAACAGAAAUAAAAUUUUGUAACUUUUUGGUAUUUUAAUGUAUAUAGUAUGUAAAGAUUAGACUGUUAUCGCUGGAAAAAAUAACAGAUGAAGUUAAUAUCUAAUUUAUAUUAGAAUUUACACUAUAUUCUACUAAUUAUUUAAAGUAUUUGUGACUUUAUAGUCAACUUACAGUUUGGAAUUUGUAAAUAUUAUUUAAUAUCUAUAUCCAUUGUUUGAAUGCCUUUAUUCUUUCCUUGACAUAAUUGUAUGUUCGAAAGGUAUUAUUAAAAUUUAGUAUUUUUACCAGAA